AGAAAUGGGAGUCCACGGUAUUUGGGAACUCCUCGCCCCCGUCGGCCGCCGCGUCUCCGUCGAAACUCUAGCCGGAAAAAAGGUCGCCAUCGACGCGAGCAUAUGGAUGAUUCAGUUCAUGAAGGCGAUGAGGGACGAGAGAGGAGAGAUGGUGAGGAACGCGCAUUUGCUUGGGUUCUUCCGCAGGAUUUGCAAGCUGUUGUUUCUUCGGACCAAGCCGGUCUUCGUCUUUGAUGGCGGCACCCCCGCGCUCAAGCGCCGGACCGUUAUUGCGCGCCGGAGACAGCGCGAGAACGCCCAAGCCAAGGUCCGCAAGACCGCCGAGAAAUUGCUGCUUAACCAUCUUAAGGCAUUGAAGUUGAAAGAGUUAGCGGACGAUAUCAAGAACCAGAAGGAGAAACAAAAGAACGAUGUCAAGGGUAAGAAGGUUUCUCCCGAUCAGGCCAACUCGGUUGGGAGUAUUCUGAGAGAAAAUGAUCUGAGCUCCAUUAAUGAGAACCAGCAAAAGCUAGAUGAAAUGUUGGCAGCAUCUAUUAUGGCAGAGGAAGGUGGGAGUUUAGCUAACAAUUCAACAAUGUCACCUACCGUUCCCUGCGAAGAGGAUGGUGAUGAAUGUGAAGAAGUGAUACUGCCAGAUAUGCACGGUGAAGUGGACCCCUCUGUGCUUGCUGCUUUACCUCCAUCAUGGCAGCGUAGUAUUCUUGUUCAGAAACAAAGGCGGGAUAAUGAGGCUAAUGGUCAGAAGAUCCUGUUGGACAAGGUGGGGAGCAACUUAGAAAGGGAUGGUAUGGCGUCGAGCAGUUGCAAUCAGGAAAAGCUGGAUGAAAUGUUGGCAGCAUCUCUAAUGGAAGAAGAAAGUAGAAGUUUAAAUAACAAUGCAUCAACGUCUGCUGCUCCUUAUCCUGUUGCAGAGGAUAGUGAUAUGGACGAAUCCGAGGAUGGGGAUGAAGAGAUGAUACUGCCAGCAAUGGAUGAUGAAGUUGACCCAUCCAUACUAGCUUCUUUGCCUCCAUCCAUGCAACUUGAUCUCCUUGUUCAAAUUAGAGAGAGGUUGAUGGCAGAAAACAGACAAAAGUAUCAAAAAGUCAAGAAGGACCCUACAAAAUUUUCUGAGCUACAAAUACAAGCAUACCUUAAAACUGUUGCUUUCCGCCGGGAGAUAGAUCAAGUGCAGAAGGUUGCUUCUGGAAGAGGAGUAGGUGGUGUACAGACUUCACGGAUAGCAUCUGAAGCAGGCAGAGAAUUUAUCUUCUCAACAUCUUUCACUGGAAACAAGCAGGAACUUACGUCUGGGUCUGGCAGAGCUGAGAAAUCUAGAGAUAAGCAACAGGCAACGGAAGAAGGUGAUUCUAGUGUCUUGCAUGCUGCUGCAAGUACUAGUAAGCCGAACACUGUGAGUGCAUCAAAACCCAACGAGUCUAAAAGGGUUUUUGAUGACAAUAUUGAGACCUAUCUUGAUGAGAGAGGGCAUGUUCGUGUUAGUAGAGUGAGAGCUAUGGGUAUUCGUAUGACCCGUGAUUUACAAAGGAACUUGGAUUUGAUGAAAGAGAUUGAACAAGAGAGGGAAAAUGCUGACUGCCUGAUACGUGAAAGUAACAGUGCUGUCCCAACAAACUUUUCUGCAAAAAGUGCCACAGAUGCUUCACAUGAUGGUGCUGAAUCUGUCAAGUUGAAUGGGACAGAUCAUGACUGCUUGUUGAACAAUGGUGCUUCUAUAGAAAUUUCUUUUGAAGAUGAUUCUGACAUGAAGUGUUUUCAUGAAGAUGAUGAUACAUUUGCUCGUUUAGUAGCAGAAAAUCCUUUGAAAGUAUCUUCUGGUGAUAUUACUCCAAAAAAACUGUCUUCUGCUUCUGAUUCAGAUUGUGAUUGGGAGGAAGGUAUUACUGCAGCAAAGGAUAUGAGUUUCUCUGAUGAUAACUUGAAAACAAAGCACACUUUUGCUGAAGACAACAAUAGUGAGGAUAGUGAAGUGGAGUGGGAGGAAGGAGAUUGUGAGAUUACUCAACAUACUAUGCCUCUAGGAGCUGAAUCAGAAAAAAUAAAUUCCAAAGGUGCUUUGAAAGAACAGGCUGAUUUGCAGGAGGCAAUAAGAAGAAGUCUUGAUGAUUUAGAUAAGAAUUUUAGUUGUGCGUUGCUUAAUGAUGAAAAACUUGAAGUUCCCAGCGGAAGUGAUUGUACAGGUAAGAGGUUUCUUGACCAAAAAGAUACGUUAGGAGGACUGAAUUUUCCAGGAGACACUGGUAACCGGCAACACAGAUUGACUUGUGAAAUGGAUGGUGUUCAAAUGCUGGAUGGUGCAGGUGCACUAAGUAUCUCAAAAAUCACCGAUUCUUGUGGAAGGCCAUUGAAUUCUGCUGUAGAAUACAAUUCUGAUAACUCAAGGAUACUGCUAGAUGCACCACGUGAAUUUGACACGGAUUUUCCUUCUGAUCAACCAACGGAGGAUGCAAGUAAAAUGGUUAAUUCAUCUAAAGAACCAACGGAGGAUGCAAGUAAAAUGGUUAAUUCAUCUAAAGAAGCACCUUAUGCAGAAUCUGUUACUCCUCCAAAAGCAAAGGAGAUCAAUGUGGCUGCAGAGGGCCUUUUGUGUACUUCUAAUGAGGUUGGAGUGUUCUCUACCUCCUCCAACAGCUGUGAAAAAGAUACUUCUGAUUUCUUGUGUGGUGGUGUUCCUGAUUCCAGUUUGAUUGAUAAUCAGAAAACUGCUUGCGAAGCUGAACCACCACGCCCCUUGUCAAAAGCAGUAACAAAUGAAUUGGUAUGUAAUAUUGAAAACGAAGAAAAAUUGACUGCCAAAAAAAUUCAUGAAGAUUGUUUCCAGGAAAUCAAGCAUAGCUUGGAGAAUUCUGCAUUGAAGGACAAUGAAGAUCUGCACAUUGAUGUUGCAGAGGCUAAUUUGGAGGAAGAAAUAAAAAUUUUAGGCCAAGAACGUAUGGACCUGGGGGAUGAGCAGAGAAGGCUGGAGCGUAAUGCAGAAUCUGUCAGUGGUGAGAUGUUCACAGAGUGUCAGGAGCUGCUGCAAAUGUUUGGCUUACCAUAUAUUAUUGCACCAAUGGAAGCUGAAGCUCAGUGUGCUUAUAUGGAACUAGCAAACCUUGUUGAUGGUGUUGUGACUGAUGAUUCUGAUGUUUUCUUGUUUGGAGCACGGAGUGUUUAUAAAAAUAUAUUUGAUGAUCGAAAAUAUGUCGAGACAUACUUCAUGAAGGACAUUGAGACUGAGCUUGGCCUAACCAGAGAGAAAUUGAUUCGCAUGGCACUUCUUCUUGGUAGUGAUUAUACUGAAGGAGUCAGUGGGAUAGGCAUUGUGAAUGCCAUUGAGGUUGUAAAUGCAUUUCCUGAGGAAGAUGGCCUCCAAAAAUUCCGGGAGUGGAUUGAAUCACCAGAUCCCUCCAUAUUGGGGAAUUUCAGUGCGCAAACAGAUUCUAGUGCAAGGAAAAAAGGAUCGAAAAUUGGUGAUAAUGACAAUUGCUUCCAAAGCAAUAUGGAAGAAGCAUCUGCAUCUCACGAAAACGAUUCUGAAGCUCAAGUUAGAGACAUAACAAGAGUUUUCAUGGAUAAGCAUAGAAAAGUGAGCAAGAACUGGCAUAUUCCUUCUUCUUUUCCAAGUGAAGCGGUUAUUUCUGCUUAUAUUUGUCCUCAAGUGGAUAAGUCGACUGAGCCUUUCACAUGGGGAAAACCAGAUCAUUUUGUUCUUCGAAAAUUAUGCUGGGAAAAGUUUGGUUGGGGUAGCCAGAAGGCAGAUGAAUUAUUACUACCUGUUCUGAAGGAAUACAACAAGCAUGAGACUCAACUGCGUUUGGAGGCAUUUUACACAUUCAAUGAAAGAUUUGCAAAAAUUCGUAGCAAGAGAAUAAAGAAAGCUGUUAAAGGAAUUACGGGAAAUCAGUCCUUGGAGUUAACAGAUGAUGCUCCACAAGAAGUCUCUAGAAGUAAAAACAAAAGAAAAGCAACGGCUGAUAAAGCUGGGGAUGAUCAAUUGGAGAAACUUCCACAGGGAACAGAGGAAAGUGCUGUCAGGAACCAGAGUAACUAUUGUUCGAAAUCAACUCCCAAGCCAUCAAGGAAACGGAAGAUACCUAUGGAUGAAGCUGUUUCUAAAUCACUAAUAUCCUCAGAUAGCAAACAAGGUACCAACAGAAGAUCACGUUCACACGGAAGAUGCCAAGGAAGAGGGCGAGGCAGGACAACCAAAAGAAGAAAGGGAAAAGGAAGUCCCCCUUACGAAGUGUCUGAAAUGAGCUCCAGUGAUGAUGAUGACGUAGAGGAAGUUCACAUGGAGAAACAAGAAGGGCCGCCAGAAUUGCGACGGUCUACGCGAAUGCGGAAGCCUGUAGACUACACCGCAAAUGACUUCGAAAUAGAGGAUCUGGAUCAGUCAGUUGACCAGGGUGAUAAAAAAUCUUUUGAUGAAGAGCCAUCACAACCAGAUUUAACGUGGGGUGGUCAGGAUCUAUGUGAAACUGUGGCUUCUGGUCUUGGUCAAGCGAAAGAGAAUAAUGCCCAAAAUUUGUCUCGUGGGGAGGGAUUGGACGAGGACUACCUUGAAAAAGGUGGAGGAUUUUGUCCAGAUAAUGAUGAUAAUGAUGGACCAGAUGUGAGCCAACGUGGUAAUCCUUGUCUUGAGGGCGAUUUCUCUGAAGAAUUCUUAAGAACCGGAGGUGGCUUUUGUAUGGAUGAAGGCGAAAACGUAAAGAGCAUUUCUGGCCCCGCUACAGCUGCCGUCUUGGAAAGUGACAAUCUUUUCCAAUGCUCUCGUUCCAAAUCAGGUACUUCACUGCAAGAGAGUAAGAUGGAUAAUACUCGGACAACUCCUGUGGGAGCUCUAUGUGCCAUGCCUCUUUUGAGAAAGAAGCGGAGGAAAGGCUGA